UUUGCGCGAUUUAAUUUUUUAUUUUCAAGAAAACCGCGAAUUUUACGCUUUAUCACUUACCGUAGGAAAACCACGCAACGUGAGAAUGCACAUUAAAGGACACUGUUGGGGAGGACUCUCCUAAGGAUUGAAUUGCGAUGGAUUCUCGUAUGAAAUCGGAAGUUGAAGAGCGACGGACGGUGGCGAAAUUGAGCCGAGAUGAGCUGGAAGAUAAAUAUAUUCGCCUGUAUGAGGAGCAUCUUGGUUUGAAGAAGAAGGAGAAGGAGAGAGAGGAGAAGAUGAAAAGGAUGGCAACGAAACUGCUGAGGUUGACUGCAGACAAGAAAGAUGAAGAGAAACAUGGUCACGUAGGACAAACAUUCAGCAAGUUUGAUGCUGAGACAAAGGAGGUAGUCGAAGACCUGCAGUCCCAACUACGUACAGUGAUCAAGAGAAACGAGGCUCUAAACAAUAAGUUGAUCGUGGCGAAGAAGCAGCUUGAGACACAGUCGGGUCGAAGGAGGACGGUGUAUGAACACAUUAAGCCAAGAAUUAGCACAGGACUCAAUCGACGACCUCUGAUGUCAGCGAGACCUUCAGACACACCGAGAGGAAACAGUGCUGCUGCUAGUCCAAGAUAUGGCCACAGUCUAUUGGAAGAAGCUCGAAGAGAAAAUGCUGAGCUGGAAGACAUGAUUGCGUCUUUGCAAGAUCAUGUUAGGAUUUUAGAGGACGAGGCGUCACAAACGGCUCAACAUAUUCGAUCGUUAGAGCUCCAGCAUGAAAGUGAAGUUCUUCAGAUGCAAGAAAAGUUGUUGUCAACUCAGAGAACAAGUAUACAAGAAGACGUUGGUCUCAUUCGGCUACAGAGAGAAGUGAAAGAACGAGCAACUAAAUACGAUUCCUUACAGGCACAAUAUCUCUCACUUCAGCAGAAUAUGGACGUGAUAAAAGCUAGUCAUGCACGACUAUUGGAGCAGAUAGAAGAGUCAGACACUCAUCUGAAAGAGGAGCAACUCAAGAACACUCGCCUUCAGAACCAGCUAAAGAACGGAACAGCAGCAGAACAACAAAUAGCAGAGCUUCAUGAGAUUAUCUCGGACCUUCAAUCAGAAAAGGCUCUACUCAAGCAAACGAACGACAAGCUAAUAAAGCGUGCGUUUGACACUGAAAGAGAAGAGCAACACAAGCAGGAAGUUCUUAUCUUUGAAACACGUAUAGAACAAAUGCAAGGUACUCAUGAAGCCGAUCUUCGGGAGAAAAUGGAGGCAUUGGAUUUGCUGUCAGCAGAACGAGAACAACGAGAACAAUUGGAGGCCGAGCAUCGAGAGAGGAACAUUGCAUAUUAUCAGUUGAAACAAGAGCACGACGAGCUAGCAGAGAAAAUGGCAUUUUUAAACAAGGAGAGUGCCAUCAAUUUCAGAGAGAUAGAGGAAGCUCUUGUGCUAAUCAAGAUGAGGAAGGAAAAGGGGCAGCAGUCAUUUGACUUUCUAGAGAAAGUAGACGAUGAGGGAUCUGAUGCAGACAAAGUCGAAUUACAGAGAGUUAUUGCCGAAGUAAGAGCCAGUCAUGCAGACACCAUCAGUGAGUUGGACAAGACUAGGAAGUUGUUGUCAAUCCAACACAAGCUCAACAAGGAUUAUCAGGCUGAGUUAGAGAGUGUAAAGCGAAAGAUGGAAAGUAUGGAGAGAGAGUGUGGUGCAAGAAUUAAGGAAUAUGCUCAGUUGGUUGAUGUAAAAGCGGCAAGAAUAAAGAAAUUGGAAGGACAGCUGCAUGACAUUGCGUACGGUACACGGCAGUACAAGAUCGAUAAAGUUGAUAGUGAAGAAGAUCUCGAUGAGACUGUCUCAUUAGAGCGUGGACAAAAUCUAUUUGAAAUUCAUAUUGGUCAGCUAAAGAUGUCGCCUGAGAUGCUGUCCGGGGUGAACGAUCCGUCUCAACUUUCCACUUUAGUUUCAUUCGGGUUCUACGAGUACGACACACAAUUUUCACCCGUCACAAGAGGAAUGAAUCCAGAUUACGACUUCACAGCUCAAUACGUUGUGCAAGUCGAUGACUUCUUUCUUCUCUAUCUUCAAAAGCAAUCCUGCACUCUCGAAGUCCACCGUGCUUUUGGCACAGAAUACCAAACUCUAGCAGCCACUCAACUUAAAUUCCACGACAUUCUGGAUGCCAAGGGUGGGCGUGUCCACUGCCACUCAGAACUAGCUGGUGUUCUGGGUCGAGAUCGUGCGGAACCCAUUGGCUCACUUGAUUAUUGGAUUCGACUGAGAAUUCCCAUGGAUCAUGCACUGAGACUCUUCAGGGAGAGAAAUAAGGCUCUUGGAUACUUGAGUCGAGAUUCAACUGUGCCGUCUACGUUUCCAUCAAGUGAUCACGUGGUCUCAUACAACACUCGAGUUGACCAUCUGAGAGAAGACUACAACGAACUAAACAUACAAAUUGUCAACUGCAUCAGCCUGAAUUCAAACAGAGAAAAUUGUGUGCCAUCCGCGUAUGCUGUGUACAAGUUUUUCGAUUUUGCUGAUCAUGACACUGCAAUCGUGCAACAGUCAGACUCACCCGAGUUUAACGACUCACACUUGUAUCCGGUCCUUAUGAACUCAGAACUUGAUGAAUAUCUCAGAUCUCAGGCUCUUGUUGUGUAUGUGUUUGAUGAUGCUGACAAUGAACAGUCGGCGUAUCUUGGCUCGGCCUCAAUCUCGUUACUGCCUCUUGCUCAGAACAGUGAAAUUGCAGACACAUUUGAAUUAAUUGAGGGCGGCAGUGGGGUAUCAAAAGGUGCCAUGAAAGUCAACCUGCAUUGGCAACGAGACUACAGACCAAUCAACACACAUGACAUACCCACUAGACCAGAUCCAAUACAACAACUAGAACAAAUAAAGAUGACAUCUAGAGAGGCAUCAGACACCCAGUCUGUCACAACAUUACAGGCACAACCAGUCGCUUUAACUGCAGAAGCUUUACAAGUCCAAUCGGCAUCACCAGUUGAGCAAGAGAAGAUAUUACAAUCAACUGAGAACUACAGUGGUGAUGAAGAUACGGAUAACUGGAGUGACGAAGGUGAAGGUAAUGUCAACCGUUCUCGUGAUGCUGUGGCAAUGGAUCAGCAGCAACUUGUGCAGCAGCUGCUACUGAACGGAAACGUGCAAGACGAUCAUCAUGGUAUCGAAGGCUCUGAUGAGGAGAGUGGAUCAGAUAACAUUGUUGUGGUGACGGACAUGCAUCCAUCUCGUGCAGCUUUAUCAACCGUCACCAGUCCGUCUGAAUCCGAUGAAGAUGGUCUGGUUGUGUCUCCAGGCCCGAGUCAAAGAGACAGCGUUAGCCAGUUGUCUGAUACCAUUUCUGUUGUCGUGUGGAGUCUUACUCUGUCUGACGAUGCUCCACUGUUAAUUGAUGAAUCAAUACAGCAGCUGUUUGUUGAGUACAAGUUUCUGAGUUAUGAUGCUGCAGAGCUGGAGACGCCCUUCUCUCUACCAAAGAAGUCGGCAGGGCAUACAAUGUCAUAUAAUUUCAAAAAAGUCUUCAUUCUGGAUGAUCACUACAGACAGGACCUAAUUGAUAUGAUGAGUCAAGACCACCCAUCACAAGGAUGCGUUCACUUUACGGUAGUCAGUGAGCCUCCAGAAGACGACCAAGACAACGAGUGUAUCGACAUUGGAUCAGCCACAGUAGAUCUUCACAAGAUUGUAGCUGAUGGGGAUGUACAGGAAGAGAAUGUAGACGUGUACGACAUUAAAAACCAAGAACUAGUAAUUGGCAGAUUGACUGUCACUGUGGAGGCAUUUGCUGCUUUGCAAGAUAUCAUAGGAGGUAACUAGGUCACAUAAUUUAAAAUACACCAACGUAGUAGUACUGUUAUUGUGUA